UGUUUGUAUGUGAAUUCUUGUAUUUCAUCAGAAAUGAUCAGUUCGCCAGAAUAUGUUAGCAGACUCGCAUACCAGCCGUGAUGUACGCAACAAUUCCUGUCUGACACCUCGAUUCGUCUCUAAUGGGCUGGCGACCUCCAUCAAUGGGAAACGUAAAAGCUGGAGAAGGGCAAGUUCAGUUUAGUUUUCACUAUUCUAGUCUACAAAAUACAGUCAAGUUUCAGAAUAUGAUCUGUCACAUAAGCUGACUCCAUUUUAUUUUGAAAGGUUGAACAACAUGGAAUGGAACGUGACAGCGCUGCAAGCGGAUGAUCUGAGGCAUCAUAUCCUGUCCCAGUCAGCGCAUGCUGUUCGACGCAUCACAAGAGCCACGGCCAGCAGGGUGAGAUGUGAGUGGGAGCGUCAUAAUCAGUUUAAGUGGAGGAAUAAACCUGGACUGCAGGUCCAGGCGGCUGUUUUCCGGGAGCGACUCUCCAGCUACUGGCGGGACUUGGCGCAGCUGCUCUCACUCGGUGCCACGCACGCCUCGCAGCUGUUGGUUCCCCUCGCAUUCGAACGAAUGGGUAACCACGCAAGUGAUCAGCAACUCCACGGUUGGAUUAAGGACAUGGAACGUGUGAAAGACAUGCUGCGCACGAAAUUAACCGGAUGGGUACAUGACAUGCAAUUAGCCAGCAAACAGGUGGAGCACUACGAGAUGGAAGAAGACAAGGACGGGCCAGGGAACUUGAUAAUCAGGCGGCCGCUGUUGAGUGAACGCCUGCUGCGCUAUCAGCCGUGGAGCCUCUCCUCUGACGACGACUUCAGUGCGCUGUGCAAGGAGCGGCAGCCAGAGGCGUCGCAAAUGUUCAGCCUCGCUGACGAACUGUACGCCUUCCAUCGUGUCUCCUGGUACAAUGCAGCUGACUACAUCUAUUCAUUCUACGAAGAUGACUUCAAGAUUGUAGACGAGGAGUGGCAGCUGGAGGACAGAAGCCACGAUACGCUCUCCGUGGACACUGACUGCGUGCAGCUGUUGGUGAACGCCCUGGACCACCCCACGUGUCCGCUGGAAGACCUGCCACUGGAAGCCGUGAAGCAGCGCGAGCGGUGCCGCGAGCAGCUGUGGGACGACGUGGUGCAGAGGUGGCCCCACAUACCCGUCACCAGCUACCUGGCCUACACGCAGAGGAUAAACGUCAACCUCUGUCUGCUGGCCUGGAUGGCUGUCAACUCGUACGGCAUUUGUCAGGACGUCCCAUGUAUUCUUGUGUUCGCCAUCUCAGGCUUCCUAACCAGCUACUACCUGCUGAAGUAA